CUUGAUUAUACGUGUCGCCCAUCUCACUGAAUCUGCGCAUCCAACGACGACUGAUCUCGCCCAAGAAUGUCCGGACUCGAUCGCUUUGCGCAAAUGGACGCGAUUCCGCUCGUCCGCAUGGGAGCUGCGCUCAGCCUCAUCCUGGCAGGCAACCCGGCGUUCUCCUACAACUUCCCCCUGAUGCUUUUCGGGGUGGUAUCGUUCGAACUCACGAGUACCGCGCCGCAACAGUUCUUCCUUACUAUGGUCGUGUUCACGGGGCUGUUUGAUUUCAUCAACCUGUUGGGGAACGGCUUCACGAUCAGGACAAUCGUGGCGUUCAUCGUCAUGUGCCUCAAGGUGCCCAUCUACAUGGGCGGCCUGACGAGCCUGCGUAACCGUGGCGGAGAGAUUGCGUGGGGCAGCCAGGGCUUUGCACCAGCUGCCUGGAUGCCAGCGGGCAUGGGCGGGGGAGCAGGGCAACCCCUCGGCAGCGACAGUGCGCCUGCUCACCACGACCCCUCUCCUCCUGGAGCGUUCGGGGGCGGCGGCUACCGGCUCGGCGGCGAUAGCGGGGGCGCUCCCCCUCCGCGCACGACUCGCGAUGGAUACACCUCCAUCGCAUAGCAUCGCUUCCAACCUGGACCUCGUCCAUCGGCUCCAAAAGCUUGUGCUUGUCAGCCAGCACCACAUCAUAGCAGACACAGAUUACCGAUCUUGCAGGACCUGUUGAUACAAUGCAUGAGUCACUCUACACAAUGCCAC